UUUUCCCUCCCCCGCCCGCCCCCCUCCUGCCUGCCCUCCGCCGUCUCACAUGGCGCAGAGUCGCUUUCUUCUUCCACUCCCCCUGAACUCACUCAUUGGUCGCCUGAUUGUUCGGCCCUGGAACCGGUCGCUCAGCUUCUCCCUCGCCCCCAAAGAGCCCGCCUCCACUGCUCCGCGCCCUUGUCCCCCUGCCGCGGGUCCUGCUGUCACCUCUCAGGUCGCCGAUUUAGCAGCCAUGCCUCCCCGUUCCUCGGCUGGGAAGGCCAAAUUUUACGCCGUGCGCUCAGGCCGCUCGACCGGCAUCCACUCUUCCUGGGAUGAGUGUAGCUCCUCGGUGAGCGGCUUUUCCGGGGCCGAGUUCAAGUCCUUCCGCACUCGCGAGGAGGCCCAGCGCUACAUAAGUUCCGGCAGUAAUUCCUCCUCGAGGCCGGCGGCCUCGCACAGCACGCGCGACCCGACAAGCUAUUCGUCUGGCUAUCGUGCCUCCGGGAGGAGCUUCUCCUCCUCCACGCGUGGGUCCUCUUCUUCUUCUUCUUCUUCCUCUUCCUCCUCCUCCUCCUCUUUCUAUUCCUCCCCCCUCUCCACUUCGAGAUCGUCGAGCUCCUCCAGCGGGUCAUCCGCCCGAUCGCCCCCUGCCCCGGCAUCGACUCGGCAAUCCAUCGACAUCUAUACGGAUGGCAGUUCGCGACCGAAUGGGUCUGGUCUGGGGGUUUACUUUGGCCCGCACGAUCCUCGCAACCUUGCGGAGCCCCUGUCCCCGACCGAGCCGGCCACCAACUCGCGCGCCGAAUUGAAGGCCAUCAAGCGGGCUCUUGAGACAGCUCCCGGGGACCGGAAUAUUGUCAUCCACUCCGACAGCAUCUACGCCAUCAAGAGCGUCAAUGAGUGGCUGCCAAAAUGGAAGACCAAUGGCUUUAAGACUUCCGGCGGCCAGCCGGUCUCUCAUCAGGAUCUCAUCAUGGACAUCUCGAAGCUGUGCGAUCAGCGCAAUGCGGUCGAGCGGGAUGCGGUGGUUUUCCGGCAUGUCAAAUCCCAUUCCGGCAUCCCGGGCAACGAAAUGGCCGACCAGCUGGCAAACCAAGGCAGCGACCAAUACAAUCGCUCACGCAGCCUGCCCCCCAAGUAGGUU